CUUGAACCGUUCAAGCAGGCCAUUGAAAAGACACAUUGUUUCUUAAGGUUGGACAUCGAGUCCGUCUUCAGCUGUGUAGGAGACGGAGAGAGCAGUCUGUGACAUUACACUGAAGCACACUGCUGCCUACAGACAUGGGUUGUUAUGAAUGCUGUAUGCGCUGUCUGGGAGGAGUGCCGUACAUCUCUCUGGUGGCCACUCUGCUGUGUUUCUCUGGCAUUGCUCUGUUCUGCGGCUGUGGACAUCAGGCCCUGACAGAGAGCGAAAGACUUAUCGAGACUUACUUCACCCGUGACCAUCAGGACUACAUCACCCUAGCGUACCUUAUUGAGUAUUUUCAGUACAUCAUCUAUGGUCUGGCCUCCUUCUUCUUCCUGUACUGUAUAGUCCUGUUGGCUGAAGGCUUUUACACCACCAGUGCAGCUCGGCAGUCAUUCGGAGAAUUUCGUAGUACAGUUUGUGGUCGCUGUCUCAGCACAUCGUUCAUCGUGAUCACGUAUUUCCUGGUUGUGGUCUGGUUGCUGGUGUUCUCCCUCUCUGCGCUUCCCGUCUACUUUUUCUACAACAUGGCAAACACCUGUCACACUAUCAACAUCCUCUCUGAAACGCCCGCCAGCAUCAACCAGUUGUGCAUUGAUGCCAGACAGUACGGUUUACUCCCAUGGAACGCAGUACCAGGAAAGGCUUGUGGGAUGACCCUGUCUAACAUCUGCAAGACGAGAGAGUUUUUCCUGAUCUAUGAUCUCUACAUCGCUGCCUUCGCUGGAGCGGGGAUGACGGUCUUGGCUCUGCUCACAUACACUGUGUCCACCACCUAUAACUUUGCGGUUCUGCGGUAUCUGGGAAGGAAAGGCAUCAGUCCGCGCUGUUAAUGGCUGUUCUGUCCUGCUGUCCUUCUACGGUCAAUAACAGCACCAUAUUGGAGCACUUUAGAAAUUCUCAUCCUCUUCUUUUCCACAAUACAAUUUCCUGACAUUCUUUUAGAUUUUUUUUUUUUAAUGUAAAGAUUUACAUAUUUGGAAUCUUUGCUUCAAACUGUCUUUCAUCAGAUUUUUCUACCUGUAUACUGCUCCUGACCACUAGAGGAAAUAUUCUGCCUUCAAGUCUUCUGGGAUGUUAUAAUUGUGCUAAUGUCGCAAAACAUUGUGUAACAGCAUUGGGUCUGUAAAAGAUUUUUUAUAUAUUUUAUCUUGUAGUUUGGUCACAAAAGCCUGUUGCCACCUAAAUGAGUUGUGUUUUCUAGGCAGCUUAGUUCCUACACUGCAAAAAAAGAUUUUCUUACUUUUGUCUUGUUUACCAUUACAAAUAUCUAAAAGUCUUAAAUCAAGAUACAAUUACUCAAGAAGCAAAAUGACUUAAAGGGAUAGUUCAUUUCCGUUGCAUUGCUGUCUAUGCAGGGUCAGAGAGCUCUCGAAUUUAAUCAAAAUUAUCUUAAUUUGUAUUUUGAAGAUGAACGAAGGUCUUACAGGUUUGGAACGACAUGAGGGUGAGUAAUUAAUGACAGAAUUUUCAUUUCUGGGUGAACUAACCCUUUAAGAUAUAAUAAAUAAAUAAUAAUACAUUUUGUUAGUUUAUGCUUAACUAGAAGAAGAAAAAAAUCUGCCAAUGGGGCAGGAAAAAUAAUCCUGUUUUCCCUAUAAAUUUAGAUUAUUUUUCUUACCCCAGUGGCAUCACACUUCUUGUUUUUUAGCAAAAACUAACAAUAUUUCAAUACAUUUUUCAGAAAUCAAGACUUUAAUAUCUUAAGUCAUUUUGCUUCUCAAGUAAAUUUAUCUUGAUUCAAGACGUUUUUGAGACUCUUCAGCAGUGCACAAGCUGUACAGUUAGCAUUCACAAUGUGAACUUAAAUUAUGACCAACAGCAAGCUCCUUCUGCCACGAUUAUUUAAUAGAAAAUCCUUUUUUUUUUUUUUUUUUUUUUUUUUACAAUAUUGAGGUGGGGUUCCUGUGCUUUCAUAUCAUAAAUAUGAUCAUGCCAACAUGACUUGAAGGCAGCUAUAAAUCUUUCAAUAGAUUUUUACUCUUUUUAGGUCAAGAAUGCAUUCCUUCUUGUUUUUGAGAUCUGAUAGGAUAGUUUGAGUUUUACUUUCUGUAUCUGCUAUCAAAUACCUAAUCAAAUACUUUGUUUACAGCUAGUAUAUGAGUCCAUUUAAAACAGUCUGCUGGUCUAUCCAUAAUUGAAAUUACUAGAUUGGACAAAAUAUAUUCUUGUUUUAGAAAAUAAAAGUAAAAAUAAUAAUUGGGUAGUACUACCAUACCAUAAGCUGAUUAGAUGCUUAAAAAGAAUCUCAAGGUGAUGAUGGCUGGUUUCCUUGGUGACCAUCCCUCACAUCUGGUUGCCAUGGAGAGACAGCAAUGUGUGCUGUUUUCUUGUGACCCCAGCGCACUUUUUCUCACAGCCUCUUGAAAGGACUGAGAAAAGCCUCAACAAUGGAUGAGCCCCUCUUUGUUAGAGGAAAGCGCCGGCACAAACCCAUGCUAGGGGUCAGUUUACGCGUCAGAAGAUAUUGCCCACUGACAAAGAGGCUUCUGGGACUUUCCAGCUGCUUGAAUAAAAGGCUUUCUGUGACCGGUGCACAGAUGCGUCCGAUGAUGUUUGAGCAGGUAUUUUACCGCAAAGCGUGUCGUUACUAAUAGUGUUUCUUGUCUGGGAUCUUUCACUGAAAACUGAGAGCAAAAGACACUUCGUAGAAAAAAGGAAAAAGGCAGCCUUAUCAGCCGUAGCUUCAUUUUGUUUGUUUUCUGUAGAUUUUUUUUUUUACAAAAGGUAACCAAUUCAGAAUGUUUUAUUUUGAUUAUUUCAUCCUGAGCAUGUUUUAUAAUACAUGUUGGAUGCUUGAUCACCCCGUAGCGUUUGGUGAAAGCAAGAUUUUAGUGUAGACUGAAAGCAGUAGUUCACCUAAAUAGUUCAGAAAUGAAAGCUGUGAUCGUUUACUCACACGCGUGUCGUUCCAAACCCGUAUCGCCUCACUAAAGGCAAUAUGUGUGGCUAGUGCACGACAUUCCAAGUCUUCAGAAGGCACACAACUGAAAUUGAAUUUGUCGUUCCCUUGGAAAACAUGCCCUUCAAUAUACUUCUAAAUGUCAUUUGUUCUUCCUCGUAUUCAAAUUUGACUCGACACGAUUUUAUUGUGAGACAUUGAUAUUAAACCUGUUACAAUGCAUCAUAGAAGGCUUUAGAUGUGGUGCACAAGUCAUAUGGACUACAAAUUUGUAUGCUUUUCUUAUAUAGCAGUUUCUAUCAUUGUAUAAAAAGAGCAGCAUGAACAUUUUUCAAAAUAUCUCUGAAAAGAAGUCAUACAGGUUUGGAGCAAUGUGAAAUAAGUUUUCAUUGACGUGUGAACUGUUAAUGUUGCUUUGUAACUCUAAUUAUCAGGAGAUCAUUGUAGUUAUUGUAUAACGCUUUCUUUUGCUGAAUUUCCAAUUAAUCAGCGGUUUCUUUUUAUUCAUCAAAUGGUUUAUUAUUAGCACUAACAGUAUUUCUUAGAUAUGUUUUUGUACAGACUCGAUGCUUAAUUCAGCUCAGGUUUCUUAUUUUAACCUGCCGCUCGGCUGCACAGUUUGUUGGUGUAUUGCUACUGUAAAAACUGAUGCCUGGGAGGUUUAGCAGGAAAUAAAGGUCAAUGCCUU